GCGAACCGUGCGUGGUGGAUGAUGGGAAUCCUCCUUGGACCCCCACGGUCUUGAUCAGGCCCUUUGUUAUGCCCUCUCCCUUAUAUACUCACGCUCCUCGGUGUCUGUCAGGGGCUUUCGUGGAAUCCCUCGAUCCCAAGAAGCAACACUCAAAGAGAAUGAGUCAACAUGGGUGAAGCCGCAAAUGUUUCGCAUUCUAUGCCCAUCUCAGACGGUUAUACCGUCGUGGCUUUCGUUUCCAUUUCCGCCUUCCGUGCCUUGGGCCUAGUCUAUCUUAUCUUUGACUUCUUCAAACGGCGCCGCGGGCUGUACUUCUGGAGUUUGCUGGUCACGAGUGUGGGUACUGUCAUCGCCUGCGUCUUCUGCAUACUUUUUAUAUUUGGCGAUGCCGACACUCUCAUCGCCGCGGCCGCUACUCACGGUGCCGGCCAUUGGGUGCAAGCCGUGGAUAUUCUCGAGAAAAACUCCGUGGUCGGCUACUGCGUGCGUGAGAUGAUCAUCCUAGGGUUCUACGCCUGGGCAACGAUCCGCAACCUGCGGCCUUUGAUUUUUCUCCGCGGCCGCAAGGGCAGUCAACUGAUCGCGGCCCUCAUCUUCGCGGGUAUUGUCUCAGUUAUCCUGGAUACAGCCAACAUGGUGAUGGAUUUCACCGUCCCGAGCGCCAUCGUGGCAGCAUUUGUCCCAUUCAUCAUCAGUACCAAGUUACUGGUCAAGUUUGCGGCCCUCAACAAGUUGAUUCGCUUCGUGCCCCGUAACUCAAAUGGGGAGUGCAGUUACUCCACCUCGACAGGGGAUAACUCGGAGCAUCAACAGCAUGCCCGCCGUCCUUCCUUCCUUUCGAGCCAGCCACUCACCACGCCCGACGGCGUUGUACUGGAAACCAAACGCAGCCGCAGCAGCGAUCAGCAGCAGAGCCCGGGGUACAAUCACCACCGUACCCACACACGCGAUCUCCCAUCCAUCGACGGAUCGGAGUGUGCCGAGCUUCCCACACCACCCCAAAUCCACUCCGCAGAGCACUUGGUUCGCGAGCUACCAGAUUUGGAGGCUGGGACUCAUUCAGGGGAGUCAUCUUCUUCCUAGAUGACUCCUUUCGC